AUGGAGUCGAUAGAAACGCAGCUCCUCAACAAAUACAACAUACCCACGCUCUUCCCCGCGCAAUGGCCUGAAGAGAAAGACAACAGCUCCGAUUCGGAGGACGAUGCGCCCGCACCGCAGCGCCCGCCGACGCUACAGCCCAUCCGCCGCAGCAAGAGCCGGUUCAGCGUGCUAGAGACAAGCGGGAGCUUCACGCGGAAGAGAGAUGGCGUGGAGAAGACGAAGGAGGGCGUGGAGAAUCUGGUGCAGAAGGACGAGCAGGAUCCGCUAGGAACGUAUCCGAGUGUUGUGCAGGUGCUGCGGCAGCGGGGUCUGGCGGUGGAGGAUGAUGUUAAGCUGAGAAAUCGGUUCCUCCUCAGCUCGACGACGUUCUCGCCCUCGCUGUUCCUCUCCAAUGUUCAUAGCUCUGCAUCCACCGAUUCCCUGUUAUCCGGUCUCGACUUCCUUUCCCGUAGCAUCGAGAAGAAAUCUGCAUCCCUUAAAGUCCUCGUAGAAGCGAACUUUGAGCGGUUCGUAGGUGCGAAGGCGACGAUCGACAGGGUAUACAGCGAGAUGCGCGCGGACGGACAGGAGGCGCCAGAACCCCCUCCAAGUCCUAGCGGACGACCGGGCCAUUCACGUGGGCCCAGUCGCAGCAGCUUCUCAGCACGGCCGAGGGGAGCCAGCGCAACUCUGACACCGCAAGCUGUUGCUCAAGCAAAUGGAGAAAAGAAGAAGAACGCCCUGGUUAAGGAGAGCGAAUACGGCGUGCACGGGAUCAAAGUACCGCUCACUGAGGUGGCAGUCAAAGCGGAGGAAGUAUGGGGUCCCGCUCUGGGAGGCAAAGACAAGGAAGACACGUUGAAAGAGAUCCUAUCCUCCGUGGAGAAGAAUCGCGGACUGUUCGAGGUGGGGUCUGCGAUCCAAGACGCGAUCCGCCGGAAAGACCACGAGACGAUAGUGGACGAGUACACGCGAGCGCGAAAGUUCGCCGAAGAUACACGCUAUAUCGUGGAACAAGCCACAUAUUCGAAGACCCCGCUUACGGAUUCGCAAAUCCAUCAGAUUAUUGUCACAGCGCGGAUGUGGGCCGAUGUCGAGCACCAGGUUGAGUCGUUCAAGCGGGAUGCGUGGAAGCGGCUCACGUCCACGCACUUCUCGAGGCAUGUGACUGGCAUUGAACAGUCGAAGGAGCAGUAUAUGGAGCUUAUUUCUAUAAUGCUGGAGUUGGGCGUAGAGGACAGUCCAAUCUGGGUAUGGCUCCUCUCGCGAUACGAGCAUCUACGAAAGCGACUCCUUGAAAGCUGUGAUCGUGCACGGAUGGAGAUCGAGUUCUUGAGGCGCCUGUUAGGAAACCAGCCGAAACCGGGUUUGAAGACACUGCUGAAGCAUUUGAGGGCAGUCCCAACCAACAGCAAGAUCACUGCCGAACCUGCGAAACUGGACACAUUAAAGACGAUCGAGUUCUGGGAGCAUGUGCAUGCCUCGAUGACGGGACUGCUCGCCGCAAAUGGCGGCAUACUGGGCGAGAUCGUGGAGUACUGGGAUAUUGCGCAGUCGUUCAUUGAUGGCAAAGCGCAGAAAUCGCUACCCAUGGGCUUCAACAACCAGUCAUCGGUCCACCACAACCUCUCUUCUAGCAACGUAACCGAACUUGAGAAGGGCAUUACAGAGCUGGUGAAUAUCAUUCGGGAACAUCUUUUUUCCUUCUUUGCGGAACCGCCUAUCGAGGAUAUCACUUCGCUAUACUCGCCGUUGCCUACGAGCCCUACCCCUACUACACCACGGACGCCCAUGAGUGCAGCGCUGAGUCCAACAAUGGGCUCGAAGUUCCGCUUCGACCCCAAUAGCGCCCCACCGCCUUCACCAAAGAGGGGUGAUGCCUGGGAGAAAUAUGCAUUCUGGCCGCCGCACUCGAACGCACUCUCCGGUUCUCACUACCUAGCGAAGUCGCUGGUCCUCAUUGGCACGGCUGCAAACGAGCUCGCUUCGUUGCGUCUCAACGAGACCGGUGCGACUGUCCGCCUCGACGAAGCUCUCCGUGUCCUCGUUGGAGGUGUGCGUGAGCGCUGUGUGCAGGCCGUGUGUGCAGCAUGGAACACGGAUGCCGAAAGCCUGAAAGUGCUUGAGGACUGGACGCGAGAUGCUGAUCGCAAAGACAUUACUACAAUGCCUACACGCUUUCUAGCCGUGCAGAGCUUCUUGCUCAACAACCUUCAGAAGAUCAUGUACGUUGAGGCGUCGAGCAAGACGACAGUGGAUGUUCUGGUUUCGCCGAGCAGUAAGCUGCUACAGAUGGUUAGGAGCCAGUUCGUGACGAGCUUGUAUAGAACACUGAGUGGCAUGGUCGAAUGUGCAGAGAAGGGACGAGCGGCUUUAGGUAAAGAAUUCGAAGUCAAGAGUGACGAACUGACCAUAGACGAUGAGGAAAGUCGUUACGGAGGAUGGGGAAAAGUCGACGCAAGCAAGAGGUCCAUCCGCCUCCUCCUCACCCUCUCCAACAUGACUUCCUUCCAAACUGAGAUCACUCCGCAACUCAUCACCCUCUUCGAGACCCUCUUCUCCGUCUCGCUGACUGACGAAUCCAAGAAAGUCGACGGUGUCCUCUCCCAGCUCGACGCCCAGCUCUUCAAAUCCUACAACCAGCCCCAUGCCGCCCGCAUCGCCGGCACCAUCGAGGCUGGCAUCUUCUCUCCACAAUGGGCCCCGCCGUCCGAACCCGGAAAAUCGGUUGCAGACCGUCAGCCCUCCCCCUACGUCUUCACCAUCCUCCUCGGCCUCGUCCUCGUCCAUACCGAAGUCAGCACCACUUCUCCCCCUGACCCCCGCAUCCUCCGCGCCCUCUUCGAAGCCACCACCACCUCCCUCAUCAAGACCUUCAAUGACCCGCGCCUCUCCAACAUCAACCUCCAAGCGCUCAUGCAAGCGACCCUGGACGUGGAAUUCAUGGCGCAGACGCUGGCGAGCUACACCACCGAGGCGGCGAGCGCGACCCAGACGGAGAUUUACCAGGUGUUGGAUGGGAAGACGGACAAUGAGGCGAGGGUUAGGCUCCAAGGGGAAUUGGGGAAUUUGAGGGGCACGCUGAAGGGAUUGAGGGAGGGAACAAGGGUUGAGUUUAGUUGUUUUAGAAGGGAGAAGAGGGCGCGGUAG